CCCCCCCCCCCCCCCACGAGAAAGAGAAAGUGAUUAACCAGAAACCCCAGCCAGCAGAGAAAAAUAUUUGUCGACAAAAUUGGAUUCAGGUAUUCACUUAGAACAUAGCACUUAGAUGGCAGAAAAGGCUUGUAUAAAACGUCUCCAAAAGGAAUAUAGAGCACUUUGCAAGGAGCCAGUCUCCCAUGUCGUUGCUCGUCCUUCCCCAAAUGACAUUCUCGAGUGGCACUAUGUGUUGGAAGGUAGUGAGGGAACACCUUUUGCAGGCGGAUAUUACUAUGGAAAGAUCAAGUUCCCUCCCGAGUAUCCUUACAAGCCACCCGGAAUUACAAUGACUACACCAAAUGGUCGAUUCAUGACACAAAAGAAAAUCUGCUUGUCUAUGAGUGAUUUUCAUCCAGAAAGCUGGAAUCCGAUGUGGUCUGUGUCAAGCAUUCUUACAGGACUUCUCUCAUUUAUGAUGGAUACCAGUCCGACAACUGGAAGUGUGACCACUACUGUAGCUGAGAAACAAUGGUUGGCUAAGUCAUCUCUCGCAUUCAAUUGUAAAACCCCAGCAUUUCGAAAGCUAUUUCCAGAGUACGUAGAGAAGUACAACCAGCUGCAACUAGCUGAGGAAGCUGCCACGCAACCGACAGCACCAGAAUCUCCUCAAAAGAGCAGUACGAAAGCUGAGUCAGAGAAAACCGUUGACACAGCAAAGGAGGACUCAGAAGGUGUCUUGAAGGAGAGGAAAAAGAAUAAGAAACAGGGAUUACCAGCGUGGAUAAUAUUGUUGCUAGUGUCGGUUUUCGGUGUUGUAAUGGCUUUGCCUUUACUUCAACUGUGAUGUCUAUGCCAACAAACCCCGACCUGGACAACUCUUCCAGUAAAAUCUCCUUGUCUCUCGCCUCAGUAUCAAGAGUAGUCUCCUUUUGUCUAGUGCUCUUCUUCUGAAUUUACUCAUUUUAGCACCUCAUGGUUUGUGCUUGUAAAAGCAGAAAACAUAAGUUUGGUUUUCACAUUUAUAUACAUAUUGUAGCUUUGUUGAAACUACUUUGUAUAGUAUAUAUGAACUGAAGGUAAUGGUUUGCAUUUAUCAAUUGUA